UCAUUGUAAACACCAAAGAAACCAUGAGAACAUGGUCGUCUAAAAAAUUUGUCUUGAUUUCUUGUUGUCUCAUAUAUCUCUAAAAUAAUCAAUAACUCGAGUUCUUGCCGAUCUCAAUAUCCAGUUCUUGAUUCUGAUUAAAAAUGGGAAGAAGAAAAUCUAAAAGAAAACCUCCACCUAAAAGAAAAAACAUUGAGCCUUUGGAUCAACAAUUUAACUGCCCAUUUUGUAAUCAUGAAAAGUCAUGUGAAGUAAAAAUGGAUAAAGGACGGAACACUGCUAAAAUAACAUGUCGCGUUUGUCUAGAGGAUUUUCAAACUGGGAUAAACUUUCUGUCAGAGCCAAUAGAUGUAUAUAACGAUUGGGUGGAUGCAUGUGAAACCGCAAAUUAAAUUUAUUAUAUAAACGAUUAAAAUACAGUAGGCAAACCCAUUGAAUAAUCAAGUAUGGGAAAAUACGAUUACAUUAAAAUUUUUAAAGGAACGACAAUGAUCAUUUUAAUGUCUUAAAUUCUACGAAUUUUGGCGUUGACUAGCUUAUAUGCAUACAUCAGCGUUAGCAUUUGUAGAGGGUAAUAUAAUUUGUCAUAGCCAUAUCCGUCUACCACUACUAUUCUCUUAGUUUUAAAGCAAACUUAAUACGUUGCAAAGGUUUGUAUUUCUGUUGGAAGCGCAUCAUAUGUACAUAUGUCAGAGCCGUUUGGACUUGACCAAUACAUUAUGAAGCUUCCAUAGAAAUGAUUGGUCAAAAUUUAUGUUUUUAUAUGAAAAACUUUGUCAAUAAAUAUGGCUUACUAUGCUCCCUACAUAUUAGCAAAAUCAA